CAGUUUCCCUCACACCGCUUCCGAGGCUCUUGGAGGGAGGACGGAUAAACGGCGCAGACUGUACGGGAUUUGAAACCCGAAAGGAGGGAGGGAUGCUACGGUGAUUUCCCCUCUAUUCUUUGCUGACACCCACCUCCUCGCCACCACUUCCACUCCUCUUUAUCACUUCAGUCUCGGAACCACCUCUGUGUAUCAUUUAUUUUUCAAUUCAUCUUGGUUGAUUUGGUAUUUUUUUUAUUCAUUUUUUUUUUCUUUUACCUCUGUGCUCCAAGAGGAAACCGACUUGGCUGUGAUUUUUUUUUAACCCAUCUUCUCCAAGCGCACGCAAACAGAAAUACAAACUGGGCUUUAAACCAGUGGAUGUGUUGGACAUCUGGCAAAAGAAGCAAUAGCUUCUUACCUUCUACUGGAGAGAAGUGGACGUUUUCUACUGGCUUGUAUAUAUUGGGGGGAUUUCCUUGGAGAGACGGGCUGCGCACGGAGUCUCUCACUUCCACGGCAGAUCUGUGUCAGCGUGCAGGGAAGGAAACCUUCAUCGUAUCCAGCCCAGUGAUGAGCUAAAGGCUUUGACUGGGAGACAGAAAGUGUGAAGCUGCAGCAACAGGCUCCAUCUCAGCUAAUGAACUAAGAAGUUCAUCAACAGUUUUGUCAGAAAACCACCUCAGUGGGAGCGGAGCUCCACUGAGAGGAACCAGGCAGUAGGGGGCGGAAAGAAGUGCGCAGUUGCUCAGUUUGGGCAAGACAGCGAUGCUGACGAUGAAGCGGCAGGGCCCUGGCGUGUUGAGAGCCUUCUUGGUUUUGCUGGGAAUUUCUGCACUCUGUAGCGUCGCAUUUGGAACCAAGAAAGGAAAUGCUUCUUUGGAUCAAAAGGCCCACAGAAACAGACAUCCAGGUCACUUGUCACUACAUAAACACAAACAGAGGGCGGGGAAGGAAGGGCAGGUACUCCACCGGUCCAAACGAGGAUGGGUCUGGAAUCAGUUCUUCGUCAUUGAGGAGUACACUGGACCCGACCCGGUUCUUGUGGGCAGGCUCCACUCAGACGUAGACUCGGGCGAUGGUAACAUCAAGUACAUUCUGUCUGGCGAAGGUGCGGGAACAAUCUUUGUGAUUGAUGACAAGACAGGCAACAUCCACGCCACAAAAACCCUGGAUCGAGAGGAGCAGGCCCAGUACACUUUAACAGCCCAGGCUGUGGCCAGAGACACAAAUAAGCCUCUGGAGCCUCCAUCAGAGUUCAUAGUGAAAGUUCAGGACAUCAACGAUAAUCCUCCUGAGUUUCUACAUGGUCCAUACUAUGCCGGGGUCCCUGAGAUGUCCAAUGUUGGUACGUCAGUGAUGCAGGUGACAGCUACAGAUGCUGAUGACCCUACCUACGGCAACAGCGCCAGACUGGUGUACAGCAUCCUCCAAGGACAACCCUAUUUUUCUGUGGAGCCUCAGACAGGUAUAAUUCGGACUGCCUUGCCAAACAUGGACCGCGAGGCACGUCAGGAGUACGACGUCGUGAUCCAGGCCAAAGACAUGGGCGGCCACAUGGGAGGGCUCUCAGGCACCACUGAGGUUAAAAUCACUCUCACAGACGUCAACGACAACCCUCCGAAAUUCCCACAGAGUGUGUAUCCCAUGUCUGUGUCAGAGGACAAAGUGCCAGGAGAGGAGGUGGGCCGUCUCAAGGCUAAAGACCCUGACCUUGGCGACAAUGGACUGGUGAACUACCGCUUGGUGGAUGGAGAUGGAAUGAGCAUGUUUGAACUGAGCACAGACUCCCGGACCAGAGAGGCUGUCAUUAAACUGAAGAAGCCGGUGGACUUUGAGACGAAAAGGUCAUACACUCUAAAGGUGGAGGGAUCCAACCCCUAUAUCGACCCUCAGUUCCUUGCUUGGGGACCCUAUAAGGACGAAGCCACAAUAAAGAUAUCAGUGGAGGAUGCAGAUGAGCCUCCUGUUUUCGUAGCUCCCAGUUACACUUUCGAGGUGGAGGAAAACGCGCCUCAAGGCACCCAGGUGGGACGAGUUCAUGCCAAGGACACCGAUGUUGCCAACAAUCCUGUCAGGUACAUGAUUCCACGGUACACAGACAUAGAGCAGUUCUUCAGCAUAAACUCGGAAGAUGGCAUGAUUACCACAACAAGACCACUGGACAGAGAAGCACAGGCCUGGCAUAAUAUAUCUGUAUCAGCCACAGAGAUUGGAGGUCACCACCAGGACACCAAAGUGCGUGUUAACAUCAAAGUGAAGGACGUCAACGACAAUCCCCCAGAGUUUGCGACCAACAACGAAGUCCUUAUGUGUGAAAACGUCACACCAGGAAAGCUUAUUGAAACAGUAAGUGCGGUGGAUAAAGAUGAAAUGGCUCCCAGACAACACUUCUCAUUCAGCCUUGCGCCAGAAGUCGCCCACAACCACAACUUCUCCCUCAAAGACAACAAAGACAGUACAGCCAGUAUUUACGUGCUCCGUAAAGGAUUCAGUCGUCUCACCCAGGAUGUUUACUCCCUUCCCAUUGAGAUAAACGACAACGGAUCACCCCCCAUGAGCAGCACCAACACCCUGACCAUCAGAGUCUGUUCAUGCGACAGCAAAGACACCAUCCGCACGUGCAACGUGGAGCCCUACGUCCUACCUGCCGGCCUCAGCACCGGGGCACUGGUCGCCAUACUGGCCUGUAUCGUCAUUCUGCUCGCAAUAGUGGUGCUGUUUGUAGCACUGAGGCGUCAGAAGAAGGAGCCAUUGAUAGUGUUUGAGGAGGAGGACAUCAGAGAGAACAUUAUCACUUAUGAUGACGAGGGAGGCGGUGAGGAGGACACAGAGGCUUUCGACAUUGCUACACUGCAGAACCCAGACGGCGCCAAUGGUUUUCUUCCACGGAAGGACAUCAAACCAGAGCUUCAGUACCCCAGGAUCGGAAUUGGCCGCCCAGCAGCCAACAGCGUGGACGUCGAUGACUUCAUCAAGACUCGAAUUGCAGAGGCAGACAGUGACCCGACUGCACCUCCUUACGACUCCAUUCAGAUCUACGGCUAUGAAGGCAGAGGAUCGUUGGCUGGGUCACUGAGUUCCCUCGAGUCUGUCACAACAGAGUCUGACUUGGAUUAUGACUAUCUGCAGAGUUGGGGGCCGAGGUUUAGGAAGCUGGCAGAUUUGUACGGGACCAAAGACUGCUCCAUCAACGAUGGGGAUGAUGGUGAAGACUCUUAACAGUGGUCUUACAGAGUGGACGCCCGCCGAUUUCUGAUUUAAGGAUCCCAUGAGGAUUUGUUAACUGAGGGUUAACAUUCCCCAGUUCCCGUUUGUUACCAACUACCAACCGAUCAGUUCAUGCCAUUUUGUCAACCGAUGAUAACAGCUCUCCACCCCUGUGGCACCUCUCUGGUCCUCCAAGGCGAUUUGAUAAUGGACAUGUGAUGAACGCUUGGACUUGAACCGCUCCCAGCUUUCCCAAUGUUUUCUUCCUUUGUCUCUCCCUCUCCUUCUGUUUCUACAGACUUCAGCAUCGCAGGGCUGGGAGUUGUGAUGUCGCCAGAUUGUCAGUUUGAAAAUUAAUUUGAUGGAAACUUUGUUGCUGUAUGAUCAAAAUGACUUGCUUAUCGCAAACUGUUUAGUUUCUUAGAGGUUCUACAUACCUUUGUGGACUGGAUUCACAUACUUCCUCUAUGUUUCCUGAGAGAGAUCUUGCUCUCUCAACGGGUUCCUGAGUGGAACUUUAGUUGCUCUCUCAAAGAAAAAGAGCAAGAGAAGUGUACGAAAAGAAAAUGUUUGUAUUGGAUCCAAUGACUGCCUGAUGUUAUGGAAGAGAAGAGGAAUAUAGAGAUGUGUUAGUUCAAACGAAACGAUUCUUAAAAUGUGUUGUUGUGUGUGCCGAAUUCAGCAGGUACUGUUGUUUAGAUGGCGUGACCGACUCUGGGUUGUUGAUACUGUUAAGACGCUCGCAGCAUCUUCACAGUAUGGUGGCCUUAUAAUAAAUAAACAACAACUCCAGGGGUAAACACAACAAGAGUAAAGAUAGAGACCACUAGCGUCAGUAGCUGUACGCAGAUAAACGAACAUACAAGGACUGAGUAUCUGUGAAAAUGCUACACAAAUACCAUUUUUGUUUUGUUUUUGUUUUUUAAUUCCAAAAAGAGACAGACUCAACAUGGAUUUGAUUUUAAAAUUGCGGAUGAUUCCUUGUUUUCAUUCUUCACUGCAGAGAAGGCGUGAAAAGAAAAGCUGACCCUCUCCACUCCCACCUGCCCGUCCUCUGUGUUCCCAUUCUUCCUAUCAACAAUCACUUCCCAUAUCAGAUCCACCAAUGAAUGAUCACUUCCUCAUUCGGAGUCCACCAAUGACGAUCAAUCAAAAUGAGUAAAAACCUGUGAGCUCUAAAAAACGCCUUAAACUUAAUGGACACUCUUGCAACGCAGUGCAUUCUCUGUUUUGUUUUUUUCCUCCUUCUUUUGUUUCUUUUUGUAACUUGAAAAGUAUAUUCAGAAAGCAAACUAUUCUCCCUGUUAGGUGUGUACAGAGCGAUGUGCAGACAUGCGAUAUAUCACUUUGAGGAUCCAACCUGCGCCUCAUACACUCUUAAAACGGGAUGUGUUCUGUUCCCGCCGGAAUGGUAAAUGUAGACUGGCAAAAUAUGCAUUGUGUUUUUCCCCAACGUCACAUACGCAGCAACAUCUGUUGUAUCAACACAUGUUGCUAAUUAAACAUAAAAUGUGCACAUUGGGAAAUAACACAGGGCUUGUUUUUUUGAGCCACAUAUACAGAAAGGCUGAAAGCAGAACAUCCUUUUUAAGCGUGUAAGUUCUUGUUCAAUCUCUUUUUUAAUGUUAUUAUAUUAUUAUGAUUAUUAUUGUUGUUUUCUAUUAUUAUUAUUAUUAUUGUUAUCAUUAUUCUGACAAUUGUUCUUUCAUUGGCUACAGCUACACGGGAACAAAUUCAUGUUUAACUCUUUGCAGCACGGAGUCAUGUUCUUAUGGUUGUCUAAACAUGGACGGACUACAAAGUUUUUGAUUUUCAUUUUUGGGCAGCUGUAAGAAAUAUACUGCUAAAAGUUAAAUAUCCGCUUUGGAUUUGUUUGUUGUAUUUUUAUUUUUUUUUUGCCUGUGAUUACAAUCUCUCUCAUUUCUUCUGUUUUUGUUUCUUUUUCCCCAUUAUUUGGCGUUUCUUCGUUCUUUCUCCCUGUUCAAGAGGAAAACUAGCAAUCCGUGUUUGUUGCAGUGAGAGAACGCCUCGUUUUUAUUCUCUGUCAAGUUUUAUGGUACCGAUUUGUACAAUUUUAAAAGUUCUUAUUUUAGUAUACAUGCAGAAUAUUCCAGUAUUACAACAAAAAACAUGUUAAGAAGAUAAGAAUAAAAAAAAAUGUUACAGCAUCACACUUAUAUUUUCUGAACAUUGUACUGUUGCUUUAUUAUGUGCUUCAAUCUCCGAAGCGAAAAAAAAAAAAAAAAACUUUGAAAUAAAUGCUCUUUUUAUAAAAUGAUA